CAUUGAAAGAUAAUUUCAUUUCAAGACCCAAAUUCACCUUUUGCAGAUAAUUUAAAUUUAUUUCAUAACUUUACUAUAAUUUUCAUAACUACAAUUGUUACUUUAACAUUUAUAGUUAUAAUUGAUAUUUGUUUAAACAAAUUUACUAAUCGAUUUCUAUUAAAAAAUCAUAAUAUAGAAAUUAUUUGAACAAUUGCUCCUAUUUUAAUUUUAAUAAUUAUCGCUUUUCCUUCAUUAAAAACAUUAUAUUUUAUUGAUGAAAUUUGAAACCCAACAUUUUUUACAAUUAAAUCUGUAGGUCAUCAAUGAUACUGAAGAUAUGAAUAUCCAGAAUUUAAUGGAAUUGAAUAUAGUUCUUAUAUAAUAAAAAGUAUUGAAAAUAUAAGAACAUUUCGACUGUUAGAAACAGAUACCCGAUUAGUUAUCCCUAUAAAAACACCUAUUCGUAUAUUAACAACAUCAACAGAUGUAAUUCAUUCAUGAGCUAUCCCUUCAUUAGGGAUAAAAAUAGAUUCAGUUCCUGGUCGUAUUAAUCAAAUAACUUUAUUUGUAUCACGUCCAGGUCUUUACUUUGGUCAAUGUUCCGAAAUUUGUGGUGUUAAUCAUAGAUUUAUACCUAUUAUACUAGAAAGAACUAAUUUUAAAAAUUUUACAAAUUGA